AUGCAGGUCAUCCAGUUUACGGUGGUGCUGUGCGCACUGGUAGCGACGGGCAUCGCGCAGACACAAACUGAGCGGCCCCAAGUGUCGGACACUGCCCUUGAGGAGGCCCUGAACGACAAACGUUUCAUUCAGAGACAGCUGAAGUGCGCGCUCGGGGAGGCGCCUUGUGAUCCAAUCGGGAAACGCCUCAAAACCCUGGCACCUCUAGUACUGCGAGGCGCCUGUCCACAGUGCACCCCGCAAGAGACGAAACAAAUUCAGCGCACGUUGGCUUACGUGCAAAGAAACUUCCCGCAACAGUGGGCCAAGAUCGUGCGUCAGUAUUCCGGC